AUCCGCCAAACCUAGGCUGUGUCCAGGACCGAAUUCAUUCGCCAUGGAGGGCCUCAUGCGGCCUUUGGAGUCCCCGGACUCCUUGAACUUCGCACCUGUCAGCAAGGUUGCUCCGCUGGUGCAGAGUUAUAUUGCCCUGCCAUCCGAGAAGCUCCUGGAGAUGUAUUCCCAGGAGCACGUGGUGAAAUUGGGGCAACUUCUGGUUGCACGUUUCUUCAAUGAAUGCUUGCAGUUGCAGCGCGGCUUGAGCGACCUACAAAGCUCCUUGCAGUCCAGCGAGCAACGACGAGAGGAACUGGAACGAGGCUCGCUGGCUUCCCAGGCGAGCUUGCCCAUGAUGCCUGAGAUCACCCUCCCUGGGCGGCGCGAGGCCGAGGAGAUGAGGAUGGAGUGCGCGCAUUGUUUGGAGACCUCGGAGAAGUUGAGGAUUGCAGAGGAAAGACUACAGGAGAUGCAGGAGCGAGCGCUGCAGUACUCACCCAAGGGCGAUCCGCUGUGCCAACAGCCUGCCAGUGGGGCUCAGCGGGCGAGACGGAUCACGAAGAAGGAGAUGAGGAUGGAGUGCGCGCAUUGUUUGGAGACCUCGGAGAAGUUGAGGAUUGCAGAGGAAAGACUACAGGAGAUGCAGGAGCGAGCGCUGCAGUACUCACCCAAGGCGCCGCAGAGUGCGCGCGGCUACAGCGGGGCGGUGGCGGCCGAGGCGCAGGCGCCGCAGGAGGCGCUGUUGAAGAAGAAGGCCGCCGUGAUGCUGCAAUCCGCCUGGCGCCGCCGGGCCGCGCAGCUGCGCUUCGAACGGCACCUGCUGGACCUGAUCUUUCCCCAAAGGCCGGAGGGGCCUUCCACACCGAUGGCCACGUUGAGUUCGCUCCGCUUGGUACAGGGCCUUCUCCGCCGCGUGUGGCGCUCCCUGCGACGGCGUGGCUUGGACUUUGAGCUCGCCUACCGCUGCGCCGAUGCAGGCUACCAGAAGAAAGCCGGCACGAGUGCAGCGGAUGGAAGCUCCAUGCGAGUGGGACACUUCCUGCAUUUCCUUUGUCAGCAACAAGG